ACUCCGAUGCUAGCAAGUUGAAUUUAGCUUGCUAGCGAGUCAAGACCCUUUAAAUUUAAUUACUUAGUUAUUAUGAAUAGUUUAAUUUAAACGGUAUAAUCUGUGAACAUUUUCUAAACGUUGAUUACGAUCCAACUAACAAAAUGAACAUACGAAAUGCGAGGCCGGAGGACCUUAUGAACAUGCAGCACUGUAAUUUGCUAUGUCUUCCUGAAAACUACCAGAUGAAAUACUACUUUUAUCACGGAUUGUCCUGGCCUCAGCUCUCCUACAUAGCUGAAGAUGAAAAUGGUAAAAUUGUGGGAUAUGUCCUGGCGAAGAUGGAGGAGGACCCAGAUGAUGUGCCGCAUGGGCACAUCACAUCACUGGCUGUAAAGCGAUCCCACAGACGUCUUGGUCUGGCCCAGAAGCUGAUGGAUCAGGCCAGCCGGGCCAUGAUAGAAAACUUCAGUGCUAAAUAUGUCUCGCUUCAUGUGCGCAAAAGCAAUCGAGCGGCCCUGCAUCUGUAUUCAAACACACUUAAGUUUCAGAUUAGUGAAGUAGAGCCAAAGUAUUACGCGGACGGAGAGGAUGCCUAUGCCAUGAAGAGAGAUCUGGCACACAUGGCUGAUGAGCUGAGGAAACCUGGGGUCCGUGUGUCGAGUCAAGAGGCCCCGUCUGGCCAGAGUCCAUCAGGCUCUGCAGAUCAGGAGAGAGAAAGCGAGAGGGACAGUGGAGGAGAGAGCAAAGAGCUGAGCGAAGUCAGCGAGGCAACRGAAAGCACAGACGUUAAAGAUUCUUCAUCCGAUUCACAAUGACGCUGCAGUUCUACGCCUUUUUAAAAGCAUCACUUCUUAACUCGGUUCGUGGCAGUUUCUGGUUUUUAAGACUAGUUAAUUUUGGAUCAAAGCCACAUCUCCAGGUUUCUUCAUUCUUGUAUUUUAUUUCUGCUGUGAUCAACAAAGAAACCUGGGUUGAAGACAAUGUCCUAUCUAAAUUUAACCUAAAAUAAUUGGUCUAUUUUUUUUUUUCUUUUGGUGCUUUCUGAAUUAAAAGACUGUAAUUUCUUUGCAGUUAAAGACAAAAUGGACUUUUUAGGUUACAAGCCAAAUGACUACAAAUAAAAUAUUCAAACAUUA